CCCUUAUCCUUUUUAUCCACAAUUGCGAUUCCCAUUCCCUUUCUCUCUGUCUUCUUCCCCAACAUAACACAUCUAAGCAGCCUCUUCACAGCAAAACGAUUUUGCAGUCACAGAGGGAGAUGAUAAAGACGAUUUACAGCAUUCUGAGCAUUUGAAUUUAAAUUUCUGCUCAGCAACAAGAUCAUGUCGUCCAUUCACAACAGCCCAUUACCUUGUUUCUCUGCUUCCUCUUCUUCUUUCCCCAGAAGAAAUCGAUGCGCUUCUUUUAAGCCUCGAAUCCAUUGUUCUCUUGGAGGAACUGUAGCAGAACCAAAAGCUACCACUUCUGCAGAACCAUUGUUGCUUAAUGCUGUUCGUGGAGAGGAUGUGGAAAGACCCCCAGUUUGGUUGAUGAGGCAAGCAGGGAGGUACAUGAAGAGUUACCAAAUCAUUUGUGAAAAAUACCCUUCGUUUCGUCAAAGGUCAGAAAAUACAGAUCUUGUUGUGGAAAUUUCACUUCAGCCAUGGAAUGUCUUUAAGCCUGAUGGGGUGAUCUUAUUCUCAGACAUUCUCACUCCGCUUUCAGGGAUGAAUAUUCCCUUUGACAUUGUCAAAGGUAAGGGUCCGAUCAUCGCCAAUCCUAUAAGUGAAGCUGCCCAAGUUGACCAAGUGAGGGAAUUUGUCCCUGAAGAAAAUGUUCCAUAUGUUGGGGAAGCUCUGACGAUUCUGCGAAAAGAGGUUGACAACAAAGCAGCAGUUCUAGGUUUCGUUGGGGCUCCUUUCACCCUUGCUUCGUACGUGGUUGAAGGUGGUUCGUCGAAGCACUUUUCCAAAAUAAAAAGGCUCGCUUUCUCUCAGCCAAAGGUUCUUCAUGCAUUACUCCAGAAGUUUACAAGCUCAAUGGCGAGGUACGUUCAAUACCAAGCAGACAAUGGGGCGCAAGCAGUUCAAAUCUUUGAUUCAUGGGCCACAGAGCUCAGCCCUGUGGACUUCGAAGAAUUCAGUCUCCCAUACUUGAAGCAGAUUGUCGAAUCUGUGAAGAAAACACAUCCAAACCUUCCACUGAUUCUUUAUGCAAGUGGAUCUGGGGGCUUACUUGAGAGGCUGGCUUCAACUGGUGUCGAUGUUGUUAGCUUAGAUUGGACAGUCGAUAUGGCUGAAGGUAGGAGGCGAUUAGGAGCAGAUGUAGCAGUUCAGGGUAAUGUCGACCCCGGUGUUCUCUUCGGUUCCAAGGAAUUUAUCACCCAAAGGAUAAAUGAUACUGUGAAGAAGGCAGGUAAAGGGAAGCACAUUUUGAAUCUAGGUCAUGGCAUUGUUGUGGGUACACCUGAGGAAAAUGUAGCUCAUUUCUUUGAGGUUGCUAAAGGAAUUAGGUAUUAGUGGAUUGUUGAGAUUGAUUCAUUCUGUUUAGUUGAAUUUUUGCAGUGUUGUAAACUUAAUCUUCUCUUUGUUGCUCUCAAAGAGCAUAUAGAGACUGAUUCUUGAUAAUAUUAAUUUAGUUCUUGAUUAAACUA